CCUCAUCCAUUCUGCAAAUUAACCUUAAAUUCCUCCCUUUUUUCUCAUUCAAUUACUGAACUCUACUUUGAUCCGAUCUCCUUCCUAACGAAUUAUUAUUUGUCCUUAAAAGGCACAAAUCUUUCUUUUUUUUAAAUUUUUUUUCUCAGUGGACCAACUUUUUGCCAACCUCAAAUUCCGGCCAAAUAAAAUGAAGAAAGCGACGGUGGCAGCCGCCGUGGUUGGCGCAGCAGCGGUGUGUGCUGUGGCGGCGUUAAUAGUGAACCACCGGAUGCGGAAAUCUAGCAAAUGGGGUCGUGCUAUGGCUAUUCUUCGUGAAUUUGAGGAAAAGUGUAGAACCCAAGAUGCAAAGCUUAAGCAAGUCGCUGAUGCUAUGACCGUCGAGAUGCACGCCGGACUUGCCUCUGAAGGCGGCAGCAAGCUCAAGAUGCUUAUUACCUACGUCGAUAAUCUACCAACUGGUGAUGAAGCUGGCGUCUUUUAUGCAUUGGAUCUUGGUGGAACAAAUUUUCGAGUAUUGCGAGUGCAAUUGGGCGGAAAAGAUGGUGGUAUUAUUCAUCAAGAAUUUGCUGAGGCAUCAAUUCCUCCAAGUUUGAUGGUUGGGACUUCAGAUGCACUUUUUGAUUAUAUUGCGGCAGAGCUUGCAAAAUUUGUUGCUGAGGAAGAGGAAAAAUUUCAUCAGCCUAUUGGUAAGCAGAGAGAACUAGGUUUCACCUUCUCAUUCCCAGUAAUGCAGACUUCAAUCAACUCUGGGACAAUUAUGCGGUGGACAAAAGGCUUCUCUAUUGAUGAUGCGGUUGGCCAAGAUGUUGUUGGAGAACUCACAAAAGCUAUGAAAAGAAAAGGCGUCGAUAUGCGGGUCUCAGCUCUGGUGAAUGAUACCGUUGGAACGUUGGCUGGUGGUAAAUAUACGCAAAAGGAUGUAGCUGUUGCUGUUAUCUUAGGUACCGGGACCAAUGCAGCUUAUGUGGAACGUGUGCAGGCAAUUCCAAAGUGGCAUGGUCCUGUGCCCAAAUCUGGUGAAAUGGUUAUCAAUAUGGAAUGGGGUAAUUUUAGGUCAUCCCAUCUUCCCUUGACAGAGUAUGAUCAUGCAUUGGAUAAUGAGAGUUUGAAUCCUGGUGAACAGAUAUUUGAGAAGAUGACCUCUGGCAUGUACUUGGGAGAAAUUUUACGCAGAGUUCUACUCAAGAUGGCUGAAGAAGCUGGCGUUUUUGGUGAUGAGGUCCCUCCAAAGCUCAAGGAUCCAUUUGUGUUAAGGACCCCUGAUAUGUCUGCUAUGCAUCAUGACACAUCCUCUGAUCUGAAAGUGGUUGGUGAAAAGCUGAAGGAUAUAUUAGAGAUAUCUAAUACGUCCUUGAAGACAAGGAGAUUAGUGGUUGAGCUGAGCAACAUCGUAGCAACACGUGGGGCAAGACUUGCAGCUGCAGGGGUAUUGGGUAUCUUGAAAAAGAUGGGAAGAGAUACGCCUAAGCAGGGUGGUUCAGAAAGGACGGUUAUAGCCAUGGAUGGCGGGUUGUAUGAGCACUACACAGAAUAUAGGAUGUGCCUAGAGAACUCUUUGAAGGAAUUGCUCGGAGAGGAAUUGGCAACGAGCAUUGUUUUUGUGCACUCCAAUGAUGGUUCUGGCAUUGGUGCUGCUCUUCUUGCUGCCUCUCACUCACUGUACCUUGAAAAUCAAUCUUAGGAGUGUGACCAAAUCCAUUUCAUCUUGCUAGAGGAAACUAUCUAUAGCCUUUACUUUUUUCUCUCUAGCGUUUUCCUUUAUUUUCUCUCCUUGAUUGUACCAUCAAAUGAAGUUAAUAAUUUUCCCCAGCAGCUACUUUUAACUUUUAUCACUAGGAAAGUUUUCCUAGAAGUGCCUCCAUAAGCACAGAAUUUUCAAUGGAUAAAGGAUGAUUUUCAAUCAUUUA